AUGGGCUGUGCAGUUGGAUUGUUAACAACUUAUUCAGUUGAAGAAGUUGAAUCCGAAGUAGCUAAAUUAACUCCUCAUUUACCAAUGGCUGAAUUGAUGAAUGGUGGAAUAAUAAAACUAGGAGGAGCAAAUGGAUUUUUUAAUCCAAAUUCUCUUCUUGAUCCAAGUUGGUUAAAAGGUAAAAUGACAGUCGAAGAAUAUCAACAAGCAAUUAAUUACANGCGUUUGUCGUAUUCGACGAUGAAAUGUGUAAAACAAAGCCGGAGAAAGAAACAGGCUGAUAGUCGAACUAUGCCGAACAGUGGAUACAUUUUAGCUAAAACACUUCAGUUGAAAUCAGAAACGAAAAAAACUGAAAUUUUCCUUCUAAAUGAACUGAUGCUCUGCUACUAUUCGCUUCAACAACGUAGUUUCUUCUUGGGCAUACUAGACAUUUUCAAUGUAUGUUCAAUCACUAUGAUCAGUAGUUAUGGAGUUCGUUUCCCGACCAUUUCCUUGCCGCCGGAUUCCGGUCGGAAGUUCAAACGGCCAGGAACUGAUCGGAUAUUUCCUGUGCAAUUCCGGCGGCAAGGAACCUGCCAGAACUUGCUGGAUUCGGCGAAAGCUGUGCCGGAAUCGACAAGAGCUGUACCAGAACCGACUCAGAUUUCAACGGAUCCAGUCACCGGGAUGAUCGACCUGGAUAUUCGCGAUCGUCCUUGCCUAAAUCAGAGACCAUCAACUUAUUCUUCGAUGCAACUAAAAUUCCAUCGGUGUCCAUCUACAUUGAGUCAGAGUGAAUAUCCUGUCGAUCGAAAUCAAUUCGAUAUUGAGAUUAAACAUCGCUGA